AUGUUUAGAAAUUCAAUUCGUCCACAGCAAACAUUUCUCAAAUCAUUAAUUAUGUCUAGGUCAAAUUCAAUUGUUCCAGUUAGAACAGAAAACGCACCACCACCAGCAGCAUCAUAUUCACAAGCAAUCAAAGUCAAUGGUGAGUAAAACCAACUACCCAAAAUAGAGAUUAGAGUAUUAACAUUUUAGGUUUCAUUUACGUUUCUGGUCAAAUUCCAUAUACUCCAGAUAAUAAACCAUUAGCUUCAUCAGCUACGAUUCAAGAUCAUACUGAACAAGUAAUUAAAAAUGUUUCAGUUAUUUUGGAAGCUUCAAAUUCAUCAUUAAAACAUAUUGUUAAAGCAAACAUCUUUUUAACUGAUAUGAAAGAUCAGUUUGCAAAAUUUAAUGAAGUUUAUGGUAAAUAUUUUAAUGAACAUAAACCAGCUAGAUCUUGUGUUGCAGUUAAAGAAUUGCCAUUAGGUGUACCUUUAGAAAUGGAAGUAAUUGCAAUUGAAAAAGAAGAUGGUAAUAAACUAUAA